AUGUUUUCCCAACCUCAGUUUGUUGUCAUUGCUUUUACUUUUCGCUUUUUACUUGUCUGCUUGGCGCAAAACGAGGGAGAAUUGAAUUACUUGAUGAUCAAAAUUUUGGAACUGAAGCAAAGUAGCUCCGACGAAAACGGUUCGUCUUGCCUUCCGUCGAACACAUCGAGAAAUGGUACCAUUCGUCCUACUAGCAUUACGACAAACCCGACAGAUAAGACGUCAUCCUAUUACAUUGGGUUAACCAACAACACUCAAGAUCGUACCACGAUGGUGCCAACAUCCCUUGGUGAAAACGUAUCGACCUUUUCCACGGAAGCGUCGGUUCGAGAAACACCUAAUUGCAACCCACCGCUUUGCUCCCGAGUAAUCAACAUAACAUGGCUGUCAUUUGCUCCUUUUAUUUCUCAGCCUAAGAACAGCACGAGACAAACUGAAAAGUUAGACGGUGUAUUCUACAGUAUAAUAGGGCGCGCUGUUCAGUUUUGUUGCAAACAUUUCGACAACAGGGGGACACGCUUUGAAUAUACCCACAAAGCGGAAAACAUAGAUACGUUACAUGCUAAUAUCUUUUAUGAUAAAGCUUCUAUAGGAAUGCCAGUAUACAUUGAAAAUGAGUUUUUUGACCAGCAAUAUGGAGGUACAUUGGCAUUUAUCAAAGUCCUUGAAUCUCCCGGGUUGGUUGUUAUUGGAAACAAGGAUGAUGUCAAACAGAAUCAUUUGAAGGUUCUAUGGAAAACCAUUUACAAACAGUGGCCGAUUGUGCUCAUCUCAGUGUUGUUAUGCGCAAUCUCUGGUAUUUGUGUCUGGGCGCUGGUAAGUAUCAUUGCGCUUUUUGGGGAAAAUCCAAAUCUGGUUGGAAUAAAUACAUGGUGUUUCCUAUUUGCAUUGGCAAACCGUUCGGUUCACAGUUUGGGUAAAUGGUGAGCAAAAUUUAAGACUAGUAAAUUUCGUCCGGGAAUCACGUUUACCUUUCAGAGUACAAAUCAGUUCCUUUUACCGGAAAAUGACCGCGAAGGCCUGAACAUGGUAUCAAAGGUGGUUUGAAGAAACGGAACGCGAACUCCCACCGGGAAAAACGGUUCUACCUUUUCAGACGUUAAUAUGUUGCUCUCGGAAAAUUUCCACCUAAACGACCCGAGAAAUCGUGUUCCAUUUACUUUCCAACCGCUUUUACGGAAACUUCUUGUAAAUGAUAAACAACCACAUUUACUUAUUAUAUCUUCAUUUUCAGCCCUAUUUACAACGAGUCGGUAGGGAAUGAAGUACUCAAAACUGAAUUGAUAAGGUGGCAAGAUUGACCACCUGAAAAGAUACGUAAUAUAAUAUUUGGCUCCUGGGGGCACUUCCUUAUUUGGCUUAAACGUAUAUACAAUGCUGCGGGAUGUGAUCCUUGCUGCUGCGCGGCCGACAUUGUAGUGUGACCGGUUUUUAGAACCAAAAAACCUAACUGACUCCAAAUUUAAAGUGACAAACGUUCUUGGACAAAGUCGUAUAUUUAGGCCACGAAAAAGGGUCUCUUUUCUUAAAUUAAACAGGGUAGCAAAAUGAAGGGUUAUGGCAUGGUUUGAUGGCCUCAGUGGUAAACCCUUACACAAACUACCCUUCAGUGGUUUCCCGUCCCGGGUUUGUAGACCUCUGGCUCUGACGAAGCCACUGUUUGAAUACCUGUGGCCCGUUUAACGUAUCAAGGUACAUGAUGUAAACAUAUUGUGGUGUAAACGUACAAGCGAACCGGCGUGUUUACAACCGACCAGGCAUAUCCAGUUGAGUUUGACAAGUGCAAAGGCUAAAUAGACAUAUCCUUUAAUUUUUGUUUUAUUUAACAGGAGACAACAUGGAAUACAGAUGAAUUCCCUCGUCGUUUUCAUCGUGGGGCAUUUGAAGGUUUCUGGUGGGCCUUCGUUACCAUGUCAACCGUUGGGUAAGUGAAUCAAAAUUCAACUGCACCAUCACUAAUAAAAGCAAAUUUAGGCAAUGCACUUCCACACGAAUCCGGAUACACUAAAACCGCAUUAUUGUUAUUUGCGCUGAACACCAAUAUUUGUUGUGGUGUAUCCGGUUUGGAUUCACCCAUCCGUAGGAAUACACUACUGCGACUUACAUUAUUUUGCUAAUUACUAGCUACUAGGCAUGCGCAAAAACCGAACUCGCGAUGUGAUUUCGCGGCAUUUUUGAGUUUAUGUAGUACUUGACUUCAAAAAUAUCCGGUCGGCAGUCGUCUACACGAAAUCACCAAACGCUUCGGAUAAGAAAAAAAUCCACUCUGGAAAACGGUUUCAAACACAUGCGGUUUCCAUGUGCGGACAGCUGAUUCGUUAAAGAAGUACGCGGUUUUAAAAGUAUCAGCAUAUAAAGUGCUUUACGCAUAAAAGUGACUAGAAAGAAUAAGAAGUCUUCAAUGUCAGCCUAACGCUUAGUGCUUGGAGGUUUCUUGUGCAAAAAUGUUACUCCUUUGCAUUCUUUGCAUGCUACGUGCCUGCCAGUUAACUAAACGAAGUUCGUAUAUAAUUCAUGUGCCCUAAUUUGCAUACAGCAAUUUCUAUAUGGUGGUUGGAUGACAACCAGUCAAUUAACUUGCAACAGGGAUCAAUUUAAUAAAACUUUUACACGUGUAAUUUACAAGUGUAACUUACCGCAUUUUUUACCAAAUCUUCCUUUUUGAACCGUUUUUCGGCCAGUUAGCAUGGGAAUAGCUAAAAAUAAAAGAGAGAUUUGAAACAAGAAGACAUAAUUUUCUGCUUAUUGGAUGUAAGCAGCUUUUUUGUUUUUCGCACAUCCGCAUAAGCCAAAAUUUGGCGAAUCUAUUUCGAUCUCUUUUCUCUUUUCUUCUUUUCCUCUUUGCCUUUAUUUUUAUGGCCAUUUUUGUUUCCCACUUUAUCGUCUUUCUUAAUUUCGCAUGAAAGUUUGGCUGGCUUACUUUCCAAUAAAGGGACAAAUUUAAUCUGCAAAGAAUUUUGGUUAAAUAGCAAAAUUGGCAGUGGAUUUUUUUCCCAAAUGUUGUUUUGUUCUGUAACUCUGUCAGGAUUGGCCAAAAUGUUGUAAAUGAGGUACCAGUAGAAAGUUCUAUCCUCGCUAAUUGUGCUCAUUACCAUUUUAUUCACAGCUUAAAUAGAAAGCUAGUUAAUAGAUACAGGAAGGAUAAUAUGCAUGGGUUCAUAUGGAACAAAAACGACCAAACCGGACGUUAAAGAGCCGUCAGUUGAGAAUGAAAAAAAUGUAGUAACGAGAAGCGAUUUCUUGCUCAACUUGAGUGUGGUAUUUUUGAAAAACAACUAGCAUUUACUUUUGCUCAAUUUAAGGUGAGGUUUUCAUGGGCUUAGCGCAUUAAUAGUCAUGUUGGGAUGAAAAUGGAUAAUGAUGACGAACUUUAAUCAUUGAUGUUUCCAGUUGGUUUUUAUUUUUUAUAGUUUUUAUUCGACGUUAUUUCGUUCGGUAUCUUCAUAAGAACCCAUGUAGUUUAUCUUACAGUGUAUUUGUCAAGCAUUCUCUGAAAGAAAGGUGCCUUUAAAGGGUUUUCACACACAUCUUCACACCGUGCUCUCGUUUUCCCCAUUACGUCCCUCCUAUCGGCCCUUCGGCGUCCCACUACUACAACGGUACAGACUUUAUCAGAGAGUGGCAUUGAGAACUGUUGAAAAAUAAGCUCUUCUUGUUUUAAGGUACGGAGAUAAAGCUCCUAAGUCAGUUAUUGCUCGAUUAUUCUCUAUCGUGUGGAUCAUGGUUGGACUUACAGUGUGUUCAGUUUUGACAGCUACUCUUACCACAGCACUCGCCACAGCAGCUGUCAAAGAUGUAGACCUGGUGGGAAAGAAGGUAUAAUAUUGCUUAUCAAAAAUUACUCGGAUGUUUCCUUUUGCUAUUUUCAUUGAUUAAAAUUAUCGUUUGCGCAUUUAUGAGCUUAAUAGUCUGUGAAAUGGGCAUUAAAGGUUUGUAGACUCUGUGGGAUGGAGGCUACCUAUAAGAAUAGCAAAGUAGUUUGUAGAACUUUAAAGAACAUAUCGAUGUAAAACUGUUGAUUUAAAGAUUGACGUCAAUCGUAAAUUAUUCUACUACUGAUAAAGGGAUGCAUUGAACUUACGCAGAAAAGCGGCGGAAAUUAAACAUGUAAGCAAGUUUUGACCUUGGAAAUAUUUAGAAUGAAUAAUAGAAAGAAUAAUAAAAUAUUUAUUUGGCUUAGCUUGUUUCUUCAAACCAUAUUCAGCCUUUUCAAAUAAUUGCCGUUAAAUCCUCCGGCUAAUUCUUUUUAUAAUAUAACCAGUUAGGGCUGACCAAAUAUGGAAGUCGUUUGCUACAUCCGAUAAAAUGACAUCAAUACUAUCCGAUAAACAGCAGAAAAAGGGACGGCAACCGGGAGGCCCUGGAGACGAGAUUGCAUUGUCUUGGUAGAACAGUAGAAAAUGGCGGAAACCUAAAACAAUUAUUGGAUUCCGCUCAAGGGUGAUCUGAAGAAAUGUGAUGCAGAUCUCGGAGGAUGUUAUCCGCUUUGAAUGAUAACCCUCUCCUAAAAAUUAUCUGCUAUAUUCCUUCAGAUCACAGUACUCGGCCUCAUCCAAUAAUUACUAAGUGAUAUGUUACGUGCUCUCGAUUGUCCAUACUGCAGAUAGCUGUGUUGAAGGGAAAUCCAGCAUUCCAAGAAGUUAUCAAACAGGGAGCAAGCCCAACACGUAAGAUUAAUAUGACUAACUGGUCGUAUACACGUGUUUAAUUAUUAACGAGAGUUCAUUUAUUCCGUUCCCGCUUACGGGAUCAGCACUGAAGGGAAAAGAAUCCCGUGUCUUGCUCUAUUUACUAGCUUUUUCACCAUUAAUUUUAUACUUGGGUAGCACAUCACAGCUUUCUUUAGUCUAAACACCGGUUUGAACUUGAAUUUGGAAAUCAUGGUUUUUGCAAAUGUUAUGUCGCAUAUUUUUUAAAUUAAGAAAGGUACUCCAUUUAAAUGAUUCGCUGGAUUCUCUUGAACAGAACGUAACUCAGCCUAAAAGAUCCAGUUCAUAGCUGCAACCGGUUCCUGUGGGUCACGUGCUGGCAAGCUAGUUCAUUCUGAUGUAACGUGCGACUAGUUCCCUUGAUGUUUUGUGGCUAUUCCCUCAAAUCCAACAAAAAAUUUAUGCUUGAGGUUCCAAGCGGCAAGAGCUCCCAAGUAUUGUAACUGCACAUUUAAUCAUGUGCCGUGGGAAGUUGCGCUAUAUAUAAGAUUUAAUUAAUUGUAAAUUGUAGUUGUUGCGCGUUGGGAAUCAUAAAAUUCCUCUCUCUUUACGAGAUUCUUUCUCUUCAUGCUCCGUUUAUUUUCUCAGUUUUUGACAACUUUGAAGACAUGCAAAAAGCUCUCCUAAAUAAGACUGUGACAGGUAUAAUGGAUGAGAUGUACCACGGACUUUACUGGAUGCAACAAGUUAGAGAUUCAAGACUGAAUUUGGUUAAGAUUAUUGAGAGAACACGUUCUUAUGGCUUCGCAUUCAAGAAAGACACUAUCUUUCAAUGGCCGGCCGAGGACUGCAUUCGAAACCUUAUUUUGCAUCGCAGAGAGGAUGUUUACUCUGUUAUGAAACAGUUCAAGGAUGAAAUGAAGGUAAUUAGGUUUAAUCAAUGGAAGUAAUUCACUGAGCUUCUUACGCUAACUUUUUAAUCAACUAACUAUUGCUCAUUAACACAAAAGCAAUAUCCAAUAAAACAACGGGAUAACUACGACAUAUUAUGGGUUGGGGCGUGGCCGAGUGAUCAGCGCGUCGGAUCUGCAAUCCGGCGGUUUCGGGUUCGAGUUCCCCUACGGUCACUGGCUGAAUUUGUUCAGUCACGGCUGUUGCGAACUCAAAUCCUCUACCACGCUUGUUAAUACCUCCUACUAGUUUGGUUUUAACCCUGUUAUGUUCUAUUUGGAAUAUUUGUUUCAAUUAGACGGUCAGUUGGUUAACUCUUUCAAAACAAGAAAACAAUUUUACUCAUGCCAAAUGUACAAUUCCAGAAUUGACAAGUUUACUGAUAUCUCAUUAUAUUGUUUUUUUAUGAGGACAUCUGCGGUCGCUAUUGCGUCCAAAAAAGUAACAACGAUCACUUCACCCAUACGUUUCUAUUAUCGCUUUAAGAUAAAAAGUUUUGUUGUCUAGGAUAAAAUAAACGUGACUGCGAUUUCUUGUAUUGGCAGAUUUAUCACUUGUUUGUCCCCUGAGAAACCACGUGACAUCGCUUCUAUCCUAUCAGUCCUUUACCAAAUGCAAGGAUGGCGGGUAUCGUGAAUAAGGUCUAAGUGGUGCACUUGUAAACUUAAGCUGAAAAGCUAAGUGUAGUUCCACUGCACAAGUCCUUAACUUUGCCUUACGUUUUACGCCCUUCCUUCAUAGCCUUGGACGUCAACAACUGCACGUCAAUACUUCCAAAAUCUCACUUUCAAAACGAGUCUAAUUGCAAAACCAUUUAAUUUAUUUCAAUGCGGAUAAAAAAUCAUUUUCAUAUCACUGGAUAUGCACUUGUCCUCGCUAAUAAAACAGGCCAAGGGCAACUCGGAAAUGGUCCUAUUGCUUGCUUUCUUUAACAAAAAGUAAGUUCUUUGCUCAUAUUAUUAAAAUUCUAUUUUAAGGACGAACUCUCCACCGCAAUGGAUGAAGACGGGUUUUCUCUACUGGAGAGGAAUUAUCCUACUUUUUUCGCCCUUGUUACUUCAUUAACAAUCUUUUUGGGAGCACUGAUCGCAGCAAUCUGCCUCUGUCAACUGCUUUUGUAUCUAUACCAGAGAUUUGUAAAGAAGAAAAAAAGUGAAGGAAUAAAAGGUGGCUAAUAGUUUAUCAUGUCUCUCCUUUACUAAUGCUUCUUCGAUUUUUUUUUCUACUUUUAAUUUAGAGCAAAACUCGACUGAGUUCAGUCUAGGCCUCCCCUAACCCCACUCAUGUACCUUCCAAGAUAUUGAUGCUCAAAAAAACUCGAUUUGCUGCGAGGUCUUCAGAAAAACUUACUCAAGAAACGACAGAAUUGGAAUCGGAAUCGCAAGCGAAGUCGUAAGAGCGCUCAUGACCUUGUGAAAAUCAAAAAUUGGAGUCGUAAGCAGACUCAGUCACAAGCGGGACGGAAUCGGAGUAGAAAGAAUCAGUACGUUUUCAUUUUCUUCCGAUUCCGCUUGCAACUCCGUCCUUUACUAUCUAGUGAAAACCAGAUUGUCGGAGUCGGAGGCAGAAGCGGAAGAAUAAACCAAUCACAACGCUAAUUCCAACCCUUUGUGAUUAGCUUAGUUCUUCCGCUUCUGUUUGCAACUCCGACAGCCUAAUUUUCACUCGAUCGUAAACGACGGAGUCGUAGCAUUUGGACGCUGUUUUCACUAGAUCUUUAACCCCAACGCUUCUGAUUUCGACUCCGACACCGACUCCGUCGCUAGUGAAGACCUGCCUUAAAUGCUCUUUCAGUUAUCAAACAAAAAUGUAGUUUAGCUGAGCUCAUGACUAGAUACGUGUCCUUAUAUGUUAUACCUAAAGGCAUAAAAUAAAAAUUUGUGACGUAGAACGGACAAGCAGGACUAAACCGCUAACAAUAUGUAUGAAUUUUGAUUUAUUCACAGAUAUUGUCAAGCCUUCGUCCAGCCGCUGCAACGCUCCACCAAAGAUGUGUUGCUGGAUAUUUCAUAAGGAGAAGAGGAUACAGAGCCAUGGAAACUUCGAAUCACAUAACGACACUCGAGUUCAAGAUCCUUUGCCCUCCAUCAUUUGA